AUGAUCUUGCUGUCCUUUCUGACGCCUUUGGUUCUGCUAUUGAAAGUCGCAGCGACCUCUAAAUCAGACCUCAUCCGCAUUCUCGGUCCUCAAGGCGUGAACUUGCACAAGUUGGAGGCUCGAGCUGCCAGGCAAAAGUUUGCAAAGGACCCAGGGUUACUUGUCCAAGAAGCAGGCGGUAGUUCACCAACAUCAUUCGAGUUCCGGCCGCUCUGGUUCAAGCAGCCAUUGGAUCACUUCUCGACGAGCAACAAACAUACCUUCCAUCAGCGGUACUGGGUCAACACAAGGCACUAUAAGCCCAGCAAAAAUGCGCCAGUUAUUGUUCUGGAUGGAGGCGAGACAAGUGGAGAGGAUCGCCUUCCGUUCUUGGACACUGGGAUCGUAGAAAUUCUUGCAAGGGCGACAGGCGGCGUUGGUGUGGUGCUAGAGCACAGGUAUUAUGGGAAAUCUAUCCCCGUCUCUAACUUCAGCACUGAUUCCCUCCGGUGGCUCAACAACGCACAGUCCGCUGCGGACAGCGCAAACUUUAUGAGGAAUUUUAAAAUCGACGGGAUCGACGAGGACCUAAGGGCACCUCAUACCCCUUGGAUAUACUACGGAGGAUCAUACGCAGGCGCUCGUGCCGCCCACAUGAGGGUUCUAUACCCGGACCUUGUCUAUGGCGCCAUCUCAUCAAGCGGCGUCACACAUGCAACUCUCCAAAACUGGCAAUACAUGGAAGUCAUCCGAACCGCUGCUGACGCGAAAUGCUCUUCCAACCUCGUCAACUCCAUUGAAAGAAUCGACGCCAUCCUUGCGCACAGUCCCGACUUCAUUAAGCGCCAGUUGAAGGGUCUCUUCGGGCUGCAGAAUCUCCAGAACGAUGAUGACUUUGCAUCUAUGAUUGAGAGUCCCCUCGCAGCCUGGCAAGCCAAGUGCUGGGACCCACUCGUUGGGAGUAACCGCUUCGAUGAGUUCUGUGAUGCCCUCAGCAAGCCUUUCGGCAGAUUCAACUUGGAAGUAAACGAGCUGCCCUUUGGACAUGAGGAUCGAAUGGUCACGCUUCAAGGUGGAUUUGCUGUUGAUUUUUCUAUAAUCAGGUAUGGCCGUUGGAUCAAGGAGCACUACGUAUCAAAGUGUCCAGAGGAAUUUGGGGUCGAAGACUGUUUCGGAACGUACGACGACGAAAAGUAUCAAGCAACAGAUCUCGGUGAGGACUGGCGACUUUGGUUAUUCCAAGUCUGCACGGAGUGGGGAUACUUCACUACUGCACCACCCGACCAGAAACAACCCCGCAUUGUGUCCAACCUUCUUUCCCUCGCGUAUGAGACCAAGAUCUGUAAACAGGCCUUCCUGCCUGGGGAGCACUUCAGGAUUCCCAAGUUGCCAAACGUAACCGUUGUCAACGAACUCGGGGACUUUGACAUUGCAGCUGAUAGAUUAGCUAUCAUUGACGGGGAAGUUGACCCAUGGAGACCCGUCACACCCCACGGCGACGACGCUGAAGACCGGAAAGAUACCAUCCUCCGGCCGUUUAAACUCAUCCCCCGAGGCGUACAUCACUACGAUGAAUACGGCCUACGCAACCUUCUCGAGGAGCCGCCUGAGAUCCGUAAGAUUCACGGAGAGAUGAUCACGUUUGUCACGGAGUGGUUGAAGGAUUGGGAGGAGUACAAGAAGAUCAAUAAUACCGAUACCAAGGUGGAGGAAUCAUGA